CGAUGCUUGCACGCUUCAGGUAAGGUUCGCAUCCAGGCCUCGCUUAAUUAAAGCUCUGAAGGAUCCAGACACGGGUCCCGUAUUCCGAAGAGUGGUGCGUCUCACGCGUAGGGAGUUGUUAGUUGCCUGGACAUAUUCGGCUUCACCGUCCUCUUCCUUCUUGUCCAUAUUGAUUUAGCACUGGAUCUCUCAGAAAGAUGCUCAUACGAUGACCAAUCAUGCUGCAAUCCUACGGAGGGCCGCAAUUCCGCCUUGUGCUCGCGAUCUUGGUGUUGAUCUGCAGCGCCGCCAGUCUGCUGUAUUUGGCACGAGAGCCAACGUUCGCCACGGAGCUGCCAGGGCAAUAUGACCUCCGGGAAGUGGAAGAGUAUCUGGAGGCAGCACUGGAAAUCGACCCACCGCCGGACGCGCCCCCCUACGGGGCGGUGGUGAUAGCCGCGCAAUCCACCACCGAUCUGCACUGGACCAUGUUCACGAAAGUCACAUGGCAAGUGUAUGCAUACGACGUCGACCAGCCGAGCAAUCCGGACAUUCGCUUGCAGUUUCCGAAGAGCAAAGGCCACGAAGCAAUGAUCUACCUUUCAUUUAUUAUCGACCAUUACGAUGAUCUUCCAUGGUGUACGGUCUUCAUCCACGGCAACGAGAGCGAACCGUGGCAUCAGGGUGUCAACAUGGUCGAAGCCAUCAGCGGACUCCAGCGAGUCCCUCUCGCACGCCAAGGAUAUGUGUCUCUUCGGUGCGAAUGGUAUACUUCCUGCCCGACCGAAGACCAACCCCCGAAAUCUCUCGAAGCCCUAGUCUCGGAUUUGGAGGCUGUCACCAAGGGCACCCAGGCGACCAUCAAUGGCAACUGGCAUCAGCUCUUCCCACACGAGCCCCUGCCUCCAACUUUCGUGGCUCCAAUUGGCGCCCAAUUCGCAGUCACUCGCCAGGCCAUACUCCGCCGACCCAAGUCAGAUUACGAGAGACUCCGAUCCUGGCUCUUAACCACCUUGCUGGAGGACGAUUUGAGCGGCCGGGUGUUUGAACAGCUCUGGGCGUACAUCUUCCUGCAGGAACCGGUUCAUUGCCCAUCGGUCGACAAAUGCACUUGUGAAUGGUUCGGCCGCUGCGAUACAAAUGCGCUGGAUAGACAUUUGGGAAUCGACUCUUCGAAUUGACAUCUUUAUGCCGGGAAGUCACUUCACCUUCGCGGCAGGUCUUCACAUGAUUUCAGGCCGGGCAAAACGAUUCGGAGGAUCUAUGCU